AAUUAGACACGGAAGUCUGUCGCAUUUGUUAAUUUGUUCGGUGGUAUAUGUUGUUCUGCCAUUUUAUCUCAUUUGUUCAUCAACAAUAACUAUCGAAAUUCGUUGAAUAUGGUGUGAGACGGUUUGUUAAUCAAGAAGACUACAAAUUCUAGUCGAUUUCCUGCUGUAAAUGUAAGCUGAAGUCCUGUGGCACCACCAUCAGGCUCCAGCCCCUGUUGCAGAUGGAGGAGCUCUACACCCUAGAAAGGGAGGUGGGACGAGGCAGCUAUGGUGUGGUCUUUGAGGGCCAUAUGGCCAAAACAGGACAGAGGGUGGCUAUCAAAAGGCUGCCCUGUAGAAACCCUGAGUGCAUUGAACUCUACCUGCAAGAGCUGUGGGCCAUGAGAGCCACUGCCAAGAACCAUGUAAAUGUCAUUGCACUCCACAGCUGCCUUCUGCAGACUGGGCCAAGGAGCCUGAAGCCUCUAAAACCAGGAAAACUGCCUCCACGUCUAGUUGAGAGCGUACUGAAGGGCAAUGUAGUCAGAGCACCACAAAGUCAGGGAAGGAAUAACUCCAAGCGGAGGAUCAACUCUGUCUCCACACUUCAGGACAGGACCAACACUGUGCAGGCCAGGCCUAAGCUUCAGGACAAGACUAAAUCAAAUGCAUGUGAUUAUACAACUCCACAAAGGCUUCAAAACAGAGCCAGGAAGAGACCGGCCCACAGGGAGGAAGAGGAGUCCGGACCACUGCACUGUUUGGCCCUGUGGCUCGUGAUGGAGUACUGUGAUGGGGGUGACUUGAAUCAGUACUUGCUCUCCAGGCCACCAGACUCCCAGCGUAACCACAGCGUAGUAAGGCAGCUCUGCAGCGCUGUGGCCUUCCUGCAUAGUCUGGGUAUCACCCAUCGGGACCUAAAGCCCGACAAUGUGCUGGUCUGUGUGACACCAGGAGGUCCUGUUGUCAAGGUGGCAGACUUUGGUCUGAGCAAGAUGAGUGAAGGUGUGGUGGAUGGUGAUCUGACCCGGCAGCACUUCUCCUCCACCUGUGGCUCUGACUUCUACAUGGCUCCAGAGGUGUGGGGUGGACUGACCUACACAGCCCAGGCAGACAUCUUCUCCCUGGGUGUGAUGUUCUGGGCUGUUCUGGAGAGAAUCACCUUUCUGGAAGAAGGGGCUACGCAGGAACAACUGGGUGCUUACGUGUCUAAGGGUCGCUCAGGCUGGCUGAUGCCGCUGGGGGAAGCCUUGUGGGAGAAUGCUGACCUCCAGCUGUGUAUCCCUAUGAAGUUUAAGAGAGCGCCCCCGCUGCCACCCCCUCCCGGUCCAGCAAUGUGCACCCUGCUUUUAGACAUGCUCGCCUCAAACCCGGACACUCGGCCUCCAGCAGACCAGCUGGAGGCCAGAGUGUGCUCUGCUCUGAAAGAGGACUCCCACUGACAAAGUGCACUUAAGAGACCAUAAUGGCUAUAACCACCACCGCCACUACAUGGAAAUAUUGAAAGUGGACCCCCUGACUGCAGUGCUUCCAACAUGUGUAAGAAAUAACCACUUUACUGCCACAGAAAAGUGGGGAUCAGAAAUGUGUAUGAUUAUAUAGGACUGAAGGUGCUUUUCUUGUCACUGAGACAGAAGCUGAGCUGUAGGAAGCCACAUAAAGGGAACACAGGGACAUAAAGGAAUAUUGAAGCCUGGCUUUACUGCAGACCAAACACAAUUAUAUUCAAACAAGUCCAUAUAAAGAUCGAGUGUGACGUACUCAGGCUGUAUUUGAUGUAAGUGCCAUGCUGUUGGUUAGGCCUCUGAUGCUUGACACAGAAAAUCAAUUUUAGUGUGUACAUAUGGCUGAAAUGAAAUGUCAGGGAUUGCUGCUGUUGCUGCUUGUCUGGGUCUGCACUAUUCUGUUGACUCAUUAUCUCAACUUCCUACUGGGUGUAAAUUUUGACUGAUUAUGUUAACAUUGAUCUUUUUAUUUGUUGAGAAAUGUAGCUUUAUUAUUUAGUGAUUAUUUUCUUAACCGAAUAUUUCCACCACACGUUGAUGCAGCAUGCUCACUGGGCUUCCACAUCUCAGAUCUGUAAAGUAAGUGAUUAAACAAUAGAAACAUUUUAUGCAUUCCAGUGCAGUAGUAUGGUAAUAAUAAAUACUACCUUUGUGACACUAGUCAUAACUGUUGUUGACAUUGUCUGACAUUGGCAGAUUCAAUGCUAUGGUCUUUUUGUCGGUUGUAGUUUUUGGUGUUUUUAAAAUAAAUGUAGGCUUGGGUGGUAUCACGGUAUUACAGUAGAGCAGGGUAUUGGUAGAAAUCCUGAAGGUUUGAUUUUAAUACAAUAAAAAUACAGAUGCUUGUCACAUUAUAUAAAGGUUGCUGGGAAACCUAUACAGCAUAGUAUCACAAUAUUUUUGUGUGGCAAUUUCACAUCAUUACAGAGACGAGUAUCGAUUUUUUUCUUACAUAAAUUAUUAUUACAAAUUAAACUUUUGGUAGACUACUAGAAUAACAUAGUCAAUUGCUUUUUCAGUUCAUUUCAGUUCAGUUCUUUAGUCACUUUAUAUCAUCUUAGUGCUGCACACAAACACCAUCAUGUACUGUACAUUCCCCUGAAAUGUAAGAAAGGUUUAAGGUAUGAAAAAAAGAUACCACCCAAGCCUAAUUAUGUGUUAAUAAGGUGGAGUACAGCUUUAAAAUGUGCCAUGAAUUGGUAUUUAAAACAAUGUUGUUUUUUUAAAGUUGAAGAUUUAUAUGCAAAUUUAAAUGACUUGAAAAUGUUUGUUUUUUUCUAUAAGCGUUUAUUUUAAAAUGUUUUUUCCUCACAAUUUCACUGUUGUGUUUUGAAUCAGUCACAUUUUGAAUGAUGAUUUUUUUAAAGCAUAGAGCAUUAUGAAAGUUAAGUCAAACUACUGUCUGUGACUGCGUGAACAUUGUUUUGUGAUAUCUGCACUGAAAACUAAACGGGCUCGCUGUAUGAGGCUAACAGUGACUAACGAUCACAUAUAUACCAUCCCCUCGUGAACAGGAAAUUAAAGGCAGCCAUUAGGAAGGUUGCAGAUCGUAUCCAUACCGAGUCCACAGCAUUUAUUACUGGUCAUCAGUCUUAGUCAUUGACAGUCCAUAUCUUAGAUGGCUACUUAUUUCUGAAGUUUUUUGCCCACAUGCUUGAAAAAACAUGCAACUGUUCUGAACCCUUUUUUAAAUGUAAUGUUUUUUAAUAAAGCUGAUAUUGUAAAACUUUGCAGUUUUGCUUAAGUGAGAAUAAUGGCCCACAAACAGGCCUUUAGAAUAACACAAUUAAUGCAGCAUUAGCAUAAAAGGAACCAUCAUCAUCCUACCACCUUUGUUCGUCACUGUCCCUGUGAUAAGACUCUCAGCUCAGCAGUGUCUUGUGAUGUGGCCAUCAGAAGCACAAGUAAAGAUCUGAGCUAGAGAGGCUUGUUCACCUAACCUCACCGCUCCCAGCUCAGUGUGGUUGUCUUUGAAAGAUUUGAUUGUCACUGGUGAGAGUGACUCCUCACGCUCUGCUGGCCAACUAAUAGCUCCCUUAGACGACCUUUGACCUCCAUACUGCUCAACAGAGUUUAGAGGAAUUGAGCUUUGGAUUGAAUGUUUUACAACUAUGUUGGCAAAAUGUUUUUUCAGGUCUGUCUCAAUACGAUACUUCCAUACCCAUAUGUGCAUUUUAAGAAUACCUUUAAUUAUUCCUCCUGUCAGUAUUGGGUGUGAAGCUCUGCCCUCUUGGUGUCAAUAUAAGAGAUUGGGAAUGACAGCCAAUGUGCAGCCCUUGUUUGUUGUAAAAGUGCAUUUAUAAGAUAAUACUUUUUUAAUUUUAAUCUUUUACAGUUUCAAAAUAACAACAAAAGGAAAAGGGCCUGAAGCAAAAGUUUGGACACCCCAUGUGGUCAGUACUUAGUAGCACCUCUCUUGGCAGGUAUCACAACUUCUAAACACUUUUUGUAUCCACCUUUUUCACCCAUUCUCCCUGCAAAAGGCUUUGAGCUCUGUGAGAUUCUUGGGCCGUCUUGCAUGCACUGCGCUUUUGAGGUCUAUUCACAGAUUUUUAAUGAUGUUUAGGUCAGGGGACUGUGAGGGCCAUGGCAAGACCUUCAGCUUGCACCUCUUGAGUUAGGCCAUUGUGAAUUUCAAGGUGUGUUUAGGAUCAUUGUCCUGUUGUAAAAGCCACCCUCUCUUCAUCUUCAGCUUUUUUAUAGAUGGCGUGAUGUUUGCUUCCAGAAUUUGCUGGAAUUUAAUUGAAUCCAUUCUUCCUUCUACCUGUGAAAUGUUCCCCAUGUCACUGGCUGCAACACAGCAUGGUCGAUCCACCCCUGUUGCAGUUGGAGGUCAUAUUUUUUCUUUCUGCAGGUCUUUUUUUUGCAGUCAAAUAAGGGUUUCGAUUUGCCUUUAUGGCAAUCCUAUAAGCAGCUCUCUGAGAAA